AUGGCGGAGCAUUUGGUCGAGAAAAAGCUCGAGAGAAAGGAGGCAAUAAUACUUGCAAUUGACGUCGGAAAAAAUUCUAAAAAGCGAGGUUCAGAUGGAAAAACAUAUUUUGAAAAAUCUAUUAAGUGCGCUUCUAUGAUUUUAAAGAGAAAAAUAUUAACUGAAAGUGAAGAUCAUUUGGCAAUAAUAUUGUUUGGGUCAUCUCAUACAAUUAAUCAUCUCUCAUCAGAAGGAAGUUGUUAUGGCGGUAUAGAAACUUUUGCUGGUUUAGGUAUACCGACUUGGGAUUUAUUUAAUCGUGUUAAUAGUUUAUCUCCUACAAAUGUAACACCUUCAGAUUGGAUUAGCACUUUUGUUCUUGCUUCUGAUUUUCUUAAAAAUGAAACUGAAAAUAAAGUCUUCGCUGGCCUUCAGAUUGUUAUGUUUUCAAAUCUUGCAACUGAUAUCUCAUUUCAUAAUACAGAUACAAUAGCGAAGUGCUUAAAAGUAGAAAACCUUCGUUUAACCAUACUAGGUACAGAUUAUGAAGCUAUAUCACUCAAUUGUGCGUCCGAUGCAUUUCUUAAGAAAACUAAGGCAAUCGCUGUUAAUUUUGAUUCAGUUCAACCGAAAAUAAGUUACUAUAAACAAAAAGAAGUUAUUGCAAGAUCAUGGAAUGCCCCUUUAAGCUUUAAGGAGGUUUUUGAUAUUAAAGUUUUUGGGUAUCAAAAGAUAGAUAUAACCACUAAAAGCUCUAAUUGGUUAUUCAGUAAGAACUAUGAUACACAAGACUUAACAACAGAAAAGAAGAAACAUUCUGAUGGCAAUGGUGAAGAAAUGGAAGUCGAUAAUGACUUGCCGAUGGGUAAUUUUAACUUUGGUGAUCAUAUUAUACCAGCCAUCGAUUUAGAUACAGAUGAGUGUACUUAUAUAGUAGCUGGUCAAAGAAGUUUACAAGUACUGGGAUAUGUACAAAUUUCAGAUGAACAAUUAAAAUUUUUAUUGGGUGGAGUAUCAUAUAUUUUUCAACCCCAUAAAACAGAUAAAAAAGCAUUUAAUUCUGUUUUCAAAUACAUGGUUUUAAAAAGAAAAGUGAUGCUUGUUAGAAGAGUUGAUUUAUAUAUAAAUUUGCUAAACAUUGGUGUACUUAUUCCUCAAAAAGAAGAAAAUGAAAAAUUUUUUGUGUAUGUCAAUCUUCCAUAUGAUGAUGAAAAGAACGACACGUAUGGGUUUCCAUCAUUAGACUCAACUAAAUCACAUUUAAAAGAAAAUAUUGCUCUUACACAUACAGAUGCAAUGGACAUAGAUAUAGGUGAUAGGAAUAAAUAUGGUGUGCCAAUAUAUCAAGAUGAUACUCAAUUACAGUUUACGUUUGAUAGUAUUGUUAAACAAAUAUCAACAAAAGUAAUUCCAAAGAAAAUCCCAUAUUUAAAAAGACAACGAAUUGAAUAUCGACGCAUGAUGGAAAAUGGUGGACCACGUUUACAAGAUUUUUUAAAUAGAGUUUCAUUUAAACCAGAAUUUUUUGAAAAUUUUCCAUCUGCAGCUAAUCUUAUAUAUAAGGAUCCUGAUGAACAAAGGGAAGUUUCAAGAGAGUUAAGAAGAUCCCGCAAAAGACUUAUCAAAAAGGCUCAACCACCUUUAAAUGAAUUAGGAAAAACAUCUUCUGUGGAACAAGAAGUGUUGGAAAAUUCUUCAGCUGAAGAUAAUAAUACUAUACAUUUUGGUUAUGACAAAGAAUUGAACGGCUCAAACGAGUUAAUAAACCGGCCUAAAACCUUAAUUGAAAAUGAUGAACAACCUUUAAAUAAAUUUAAAAAAACAUUUUCUAUUAAAGAAGAAGUCUUUGAAAAUGGUUCAGCUGAAGAUAUUAAUACUAUACAUUUUGGUUAUGAUGAAGAGUUGGACGCUACAAACGAGUUAAUAAAUCACCCUAAAACCUUAGUGGAAAAUGAUGAACCACCUUUAAAUGAAUUAAAAACAACAUUUUCGAUUAAACAGGAAAUAUUUGAUAAUGGUUCAGCUGAAGAUAUUAAUUCUAUGCAUUUUGGUUAUGAUGAAGAGUUAGACGCUACAAACGAGUUAAUAAAUCACCCUAAAACCUUAGUGGAAAAUGAUGAACCACCUUUAAAUGAAUUAAAAACAACAUUUUCGAUUAAACAGGAAAUAUUUGAUAAUGGUUCAGCUGAAGAUAUUAAUACUAUACAUUUUGGUUAUGAUGAAGAAUUGGACGCUGCAAACGAGUUAAUAAAUCACCCUAAGACCUUAGUGGAAAAUUAUGAACCACCUUUAAAUGAAUUAAAAACAACAUUUUCUAUUAAACAGGAAAUAUUUGAUAAUGGUUCAGCUGAAGAUAUUAAUACUAUACAUUUUGGUUAUGAUGAAGAAUUGGACGCUACAAACGAGUUAAUAUAUCACCCUAAGACCUUAGUGGAAAAAGAUGAACCACCUUUAAAUGAAUUAAAAACAACAUUUUCUAUUAAACAGGAAAUAUUUGAGAAUGGUUCAGCUGAAGAUAUUAAUUCUAUACAUUUUGGUUAUGAUGAAGAAUUGGACGCUGCAAACGAGUUAAUAAACCACUCUAAGACUUCAGUGGAAAAUGAUGAACCACCUUUAAAUGAAUUAAAAACAACAUUUUCGAUUAAACAGGAAAUAUUUGAAAAUUCCUUAGUUGAAGACAAUAAUAGUACAAAAGUUGAUCCCGAUGAAGAAUUUGACGUUUCAAAACAAUGUAUGAUUACACCAUUGAAUCCGAUAGAAGAUUUUAAUAAGCUUUUAAAAAAUGGAUUCAACGCUGAUAUUGUUUGUACAAAGAUGCAUGACGUAACUCUAAACUUAAUAGAGUUUAGUACAAGUCUGGAAGAUUUAAUGAAACCUGUUGACACAUUGAAGGCAUUAAGAGAAUUUUAUAUUAUUAAUAAUGAUGCGAAGUCUUAUAAUGAUUUUAUGUAUCUUGUAAAAGAUGCACUUGUUAUGUCUGAUAAAGGUUCUAUGUGGUCAAAAUUCAUUAAUAGUGGUGGAAUAGGACUGAUUACAAAUGCAGAGAUAGAAGCAAGUGAUAUUUCACAAGAAUUAUCUGAAGCAUUUAAGAAACUAUCUGGAGAUUUGGACAUAGACUUUAUUAUUGAUGGUGUAGUCAAGUAA